GGGGAACCACUGGAGGUGACACAAACUAACUCAUUCAUCAUGAAUGACUACUGAUUGGUUCGGAUGAUUCACUCCACUUUUUUAUAUCUAAAUAUAAAGACGUUGGUGAAAGGAAUUAAAAGAAAACAGUCCUAGCUGUUAAGGUUCACUGAUAUGACAUGUUAUGAAACGGGUUUCUGUGGCCUCAUGCAUCUGUUUGGGAUAUGAAAAGUUGAGAAGCCCUCGCUGGAGUUUGUCGGGACCCGGCGCGGGGAGGGACUUUCUGGACACUGCGCAACAAGUCCCGGAGCGCACGAAGAAGUGGAUGAUGGGAGUGAAUGGCAACACGGCGUGCUGCAGCUCUGACAGGAGACGGCUUUCUGAGUGACUGAUCCGGUACGACUACUUCACCUCAGCUCUAGUAUCUCAUUCCCGCGGCCGCUCGGGUGUGGAGGAUGUGUCGCAGGAAAGUUUAUCCGGACUUCGAAAGCGCUCCGCUGGAAGUUUUCCCUGCACAUGCCGCCGCACAGAAAACAGUUUGGAGGAGUUACUCUAAGAAAGAAUGGCAAAGAUCCAGCGCGUCACACCUCUGAUGCUGCACGUCUCUCUCGGGUUUCGCCGCAAAAAGUAACUCUGCGAGUUUCCAGCUGCGGCAGGUGAGCGCGUUCUGGACCGCGGCUGGGUCACAGGCUGGACUUGAACGCGACAGGAGGCGAUGUGAAAUGGUCCCGACGGAUCACAGAGGCUGGAAGGACAUAACCUGAGAGGUAGCGUUUAGAUAGAAUCCACCAUGAGAGUGCUGAGUCUGCUGUGCGUAAUAGUGGCGCUGUGGGAGUCGAGCCUGAGCAACAGAAACUGUCCGGACCUGAUCGUUGACAGCUGUCACUGCUCGGCCGAGAGGUCCAAGGAGCUGAGCAGGCAGCACGUCCGAGUCAAAGUCGUGUGCGAUGAUGUGGACCUGAUGGACACCCUGCAGCCCAGCUUCUUACCCAACAGAACCGUGUCCCUAAACCUGAGCAACAACAAGAUCUCCCUGCUGAGGAACGGCUCCUUCUAUGGCUUGGCUGCCCUGGAAAAGCUGGACCUGAAGAAUAAUUUAAUAAGUACAGUGGCGCCCGGGGCCUUCCGUGGUUUGCUGGCUCUGAGGAGACUAGACCUGUCCAACAACAGGAUUGGCUGUCUCUCCCCGGAAAUGUUCCUUGAUCUGGGCAGGCUCUCAAAAUUGAAUUUGUCCGGGAACAUCUUCUCCACUCUGACCAUAGGACUCUUUACACACCUGGUGGCUCUCAGAGUGCUGCACUUCAGCACUGAGACUCUGUUCUGUGACUGUCAGCUCAAGUGGCUGCUCCUCUGGGCUCGCAGCAACGCCGUGAGGAUUGGCAAUGACACGGUGUGCGUGUUCCCCACCCACCUCCACGGACUGGAGUUUCGCAACCUGCGCGAACAGCAGCUCAGAUGUGAUGGACCUCUGGAGAUGCCCCUCUUCCAGCUCAUCCCGUCCCAGAGGCAACUGGUUUUCCGCGGUGACCGUCUCCCGCUGCAGUGCACCGCCUCCUACCUCGACCAGUCGGUGGAGCUGCGGUGGCGUCACAAUGGCCACGUCGUGAGCACGCAGGAGGACCGGGGCGUCUACGUGGAGGAAACCCUGCUGCACGACUGCUGCCUCCUGACCAGUGAGGUCAUCCUCUCCAACAUCGACGUGGGUAUCGCUGGCAUCUGGGAGUGUCUGGUGACCAGUUCCCGUGGCAACACCUCUCAGCAAAUGGAGAUAGUUGUCCUGGAGACGUCGGCGCCGUACUGCCCUGCUGACAGAGUCAACAACAACAAGGGUGACUUCAGGUGGCCAAAGACUUUAGCCGGCAUCCUGGCCUUCCAGCCCUGUGCGCCUGCCACCUUUGGUUCUGCCCCCCACCCCUCUGGCAGCGCUCCUCACCCUUCUGGCCAGAGGGAAAAGAAGGCGUGGCGGCGCUGCGACAGGAAUGGACGCUGGGCUGAGGAGGACUACACUCAGUGCCCGUAUGCCAGUGAACUGACCCGCGUGCUGCAUGAGCUCACACAGAUAACCAUUAACACCACCAAUGCUCAGCCUGUAGGCCAGCAGUUGGUGGCCUUCACCAGCAGGGCGGCGCACUUCAACGACGUCAUGGAUGUCAUCUUUGUCACACACCUGGUUGAGAGACUGACGCGGCUGGUGGGGAAACGUAGAGACCUGGGGGACUACAUAUCAGACAUCGCCAGUAACAUGAUGCUCGUGGAGGAGCACGUCCUGUGGAUGGCGCAGAACGAGGCCCGGGCGUGCACUCGGAUCGUCCAGUGCGUGGAGCGUAUCGCUGACCUGGCACUGACCGGGGACAAUCGGGUCAUUUCAAAGGUAUCUGCUAACAUAGCUCUGGAGGCCUUUCUGAUCCGACCAUCUAACUCUCUCGGUCUGUCCUGCACGGCACUUCAGCGGCCUCCUUCGUCCUCCUCCUCCUCGCCUCUCCCUGACAGCUACUCCCACUCCGACAUGGACAGGAUCAGGGAGCGAGAUGCCAUGGGGGAAUCGUUGCUGAACUUGAAAUGCCACAUUGUCAACAACAGCGGCUCACCGGCCAGUCAACUCAGCAAGAACUCAGUGGCAGUCGCCUCAAUCCAUUUACCGCUGGCUGGUACGCCUAUCUCCUCCUCUGCGCUGCAAUCUGUUGAUAACUCCACUUGCAAGCUGCAGUUCAUUGUGUUUCGCAAUGGGAAACUCUUUCCUUGCACGGGGAAUUCGUCAAAUCUCGCCGACGAUGGGAAGCGUAGGAGCGUUUCAACACCAGUUGCUUUCACCAAAUUAGAUGGGUGCAGCCUCGGGAGCGCCGUGCACUCCGUCACUAUUGCUCUCAGGCACUUCGCACUGGGUGUAGACCCCACCGCAGCCUAUUGGGAUUUUGACCUGCUGGAUGGACACGGCGGCUGGAGGGCAGAGGGCUGCCACAUAACAGGCUCCGGGGGCAACACGACCACUAUUCAUUGCACCCAUCACAAUAACUUUGCAGUGCUAAUGGAUCUGAAGAAGGCGCUGCCUUUCCCCCCAUACCCUGGGGAGUUUUUGCACCCGGUGGUGUAUGCCUGCACGGCGGUCAUGUUGCUCUGCCUCUUCGCCUCCAUCAUCACCUACAUAGUGCACCACAGCGCAAUCCGCAUCAGUCGGAAGGGAUGGCAUAUGCUCCUCAACUUCUGCUUCCACACGGCUCUGACCUUUGCUGUGUUUGCCGGCGGCAUCAAUCAAAUCAAAUACCCCAUCAUCUGUCAAGCAGUCGGCGUUGUGCUGCACUACUCGUCCCUGUCGACCAUGCUGUGGCUCGGGGUGACGGCCAGGAACAUUUACAAACAGGUGACCAAGAAGCCUCCGCAGAGCCAAGAUGGUGACCCGCCUCCGCCCCCCAACCAGCCCCUGUUGAGAUUUUAUUUAGUCAGCGGUGGAGUGCCUCUCAUCAUCUGCGGGGUCACAGCAGCUGUCAAUAUAGACAACUAUGGCAGCUGGGAGCAGGCACCGUACUGCUGGAUGGCAUGGGAGCCGAGCCUGGGAGCCUUCUUUGGCCCUGUGGCCUUAAUCAUCCUGGUGACAUGCAUCUACUUCCUCUUUACCUUCAUCCAGCUGCGGCGACACCCUGAAAAGAAGUAUGAGCUCAAGCAGCUGACGGAGGAGCAGCAGAGGCUAGCUGCCGUUGACGUGCCGACCCACUGCCACCAGGGAGCCGAGCCUGGGGCCCUGGCAGCCCAACCCAGCGGGAGCCACUGCCCGGCUGGCUGCCCAGGUGUUCCCAUCAACCCCGCGCUGCUGGCCAAUGAGCACUCCUUCAAGGCUCAGUUACGAACUGCGGCCUUCACCCUCUUCCUGUUCCUGGCUACCUGGACUUUCGGGGCGCUGGCCGUGUCUCAGGGCCACUUCCUGGACAUGAUCUUCAGCUGCCUCUAUGGUGCCUUCUCUGUCACCCUUGGCCUCUUCAUCCUCAUCCAUCACUGUGCCAAGCGUGAUGAUGUCUGGCACUGCUGGUGUUCCUGUUGUCCCGGACGAAACGCCAACGCCUGCUCUGGUGCCCAUGGGCCCACUCAACCGCGGCCCAAGGUCAAUGUGAAUGGAGAUACCCCUGGGCAUGGCCAUGGUCACAGCCACUGCCACCACGACUCACCAUGUCAGGGUAAAGCACUGAUGAGCUGUGGCCAUGGAAGCUUAGGUCACUGUAAACACGCCACCCUUCCGUCCUCGCAAAAUCAUGUGGCAUGCCUGGCACCUGUGACGCCAUGCUGCGCCGCCCUGCAUAGCCAGCAGCUGAUGGAAGAGGAGCCUGCCGCCACACACGUGCUGCUACACGCCGACCCUGAGGGUUACCGGCCGGGGAUCCAGCUGCACCCCUGCCUAAAGAGCAGCACCAGGACUAAAGGCCGUCACUUCAGCCGGCGGGCGGGGGCCGGUGCUUGCGGCGCAGGGGGUGAGAGGGAGUACGCCUAUCACAUCCCCUCCAGCGUGGAUGGAGGCAGCGUGCACAGCUCACACACUGACAGCCCCCACAGCACACAUGAGCGCCACGCCCACAUCUGUCCACAUCUGGCCCAUGAAGGCCACCAUGAUGGGCAUCAUACAUGCCACGCUGCUGCAGCCACCACGCACGAGGCCCUGGCAUGCCAUAAUCCCUGCCACAGGCACAUCUGCUGUGCCAAGGCAGACCUUUUCCCUUCAAUGUGCCCGGCAGAGGCAGGCGACACGGGCGUCUUCCUGUGUGGCUGCGGCAAAGUGGCCGAACAGGACCCGUGCGCAACACAUCACCAUCUGGAGAUACACGCCCCACGCAGACAAUCCUACCCCCAAAACCCACCCAAUCAGAAUGGGAUUCUAAAGGGGGGCCUGCACGAAGGACUCCUGUACAGCUCGGACAGCACAGGGAAUAUACGCACUGGACCCUGGAAGAAUGAAACUACUGUGUAGUGUGGGAAGGAAAAAAACAGGGGCAAUGAUCCCGCCAAAAAAAAAACAAAAAAAAACCCCUCACCUCUCUUUCUAGGAUUAAAAAAACAAACAAAAAAAAAGAAUUGAACAACAUUUUAAACAUCACAAUCAGCGUGGGAUAUUUUUAUUUUCAUGUCCUCAUGUUUUUAUGUGUGCUGUUUUACUGUACAGAAAUCUUAUAUCAUGUAAAAUGCUCUACAAAAAGAGCAUCCAUCCACAGAACAGAACCUCGUCAAAACCCAGAAGAAUUUGUGAAACGUGUGUCACAUCAUACCAUCCGAUGUAAUUGAAGGUAUCUCCACUGUUCCAUAUUACUACAGAUCUCUAUAUAUAUACAAGAAAAUGAAUGGUUGUAUGUAUGAAUAUGUGUGUUAGUGCUCAAAAAGCAACACGCUGCAAGAUUUUUUUACCGAAUCUGAAUUCAUCUAAUUAGUCUAUGACGACAGUGAACCUCCAGUACUUUAAAGAACUCUUGGCAUCCAUGUUUUAGACGACUAAACCAGCAAUUUUAGACUCCAUGGGUAUUUUUGCCAUUUUCAGUCAAGCAACUGUGAAUAUCUACUAGAGAUUUUCUAAAUAAUAUACAAAGAUACUGUCGCUUUGCCAGAGAUGUGUGGAUGCCAGUUGUGAAAAAUUUAAAAGCAACAGAAAAAGAGAAAUUACGCAUCCUCUUCCAGGUUGGUAUUGAUUGUGCUGUCCGUAUGAUGUCUUCACUGUUGUGUUUCCUUUUUUUUUUGCUGGAGAGAAUUUCAACAACAGCAGUGGCGCGGCCCGUCGUGAAUAGAGAGCUGAUGUCAUCAGAGGGCGGAUUUUAUGAACACUGUGCCGCACAGAGCCAGGUCCACACAGCCAGUUCAUUGCCAAAUGAGUGUGCAGAAUUUUUUUUUUUUUUUUUUUUUAUUCACAGGCUAUCAUUAUAAAACCACUCUCACUCCGAGGAAAAAAAGAGUGUGAAUGUGAUCAUAGGAGAAACAAUAAGCUGCUUUGGGAAACCUGCCUGCGACCGACGUCCUCUUAUUUUCCCUGUUGUUAAAACUAAUAAAACAUUUCAUCCGACCUCACCCACCUUUAGCUAAAGCCACAAAAUGUCACAUGGCAGAAAUGAGUGCAGAUGCAACCCCUUCAUGUUUCAUUAAGUUUGAAUUUCUCAACAUGAAACCUCCAAAGCAUGCAUGCCUUGUUGUAUGUAGCCAUGCUCUAUACUUUUAACAGUGUAAAUGAAUGCUUGCCCCGAUACGACUGCUGCGGCCCGCCAUGUAUCAUUUUUUUGUCACACUCUUGGAUUAAGCCUUGUUCCCCAACAAAUACUGCAUUAUUUCCAACUGGUAAUCUCCGUUUGACAAGACUUUAAGCUAAGGUUUAUCCUCGGAUCCAGUCCAGAAAAUCGUAAUGCUCUUGGUUCUGCUGUGGUAGAUAACUUGUGCCAGGGGAGGCCAAGGUUGAAGUAUGGAUCUUUUUUUUUUUUUCUGUUACCGUGAAGGUCACAUUCUCUUUGAAGAAUUGCCACUUGGAAAAAAAAAAGAAAGAAAGAGAGAAAAAGAGGCUGUGUAGAGAGCUGAGAAGCUCUUGUUUGUUUUAUGAAUGAUGAUAUUGAGUACGAUGCUCCAGACAAAACCAGUCAUACAUUUCAUCAGAAAAGCCAAACUGAGAAAAAAAAAAAGAAAAAAGAAAUGUACACCUAAGCAGCGCAUAUAAUCUCACAGCGAAACCCUGCUCUCGGCAUGCACACCAUCUCUUUAUCCAUCUUGUGCACUCUUGUCUGUGUAUAUAGAAUCAGUUUCUGAUGAAUUAUUUUAUAUGAGAUUUAAGAUAUUUAAGAAUAAAAUAAGUCUAUAUGUAAAGAAAGUUGUAUGGGGAAAAAAAACUGACCUCUCAAUGUUAAUACUCAGUAUCUGAGUUUAGAAAAUGUCCUUCUGUUGUUUUCAAAUGCCUUUUUUCUGUUGCGAUUUUGAGUUGACGUCAUCAAGUAUACAGACUCGCCAUGUGUUGUGAGACUUAUCCUGUCAUAUCAGAAAUAGAAAUGCACUACCCAUAAUAACAUUUGGCCUACCAGAGUAGAAUUUGUCACUACCAGUCUGUCUUUGUCUGUAAAGGCGGAAACAUUUGAAUAAAAAAAAAAAAAAACUGACUUGUGCAGAAAGGAAAAGAGAAACAUUUAAACAUUUAUGUGAUACUCCCUUUAUUCGAUGGCAGGCUGUGAACGGUGAAAGGAGGCCCUGGUGGACAUCAAAGAUGAUGCAUGAACCUCAUAGCUUUGCACGGGGCCACUGGAGUUGUCUGGGUCCUGGGACAAAAAUGGGAUAUUAUGGGCUCAAGUUAUGAGUGAUAAAGAAGUGGCCCGCAAUUGAUCACACAAUACGAGCUCCUUUGAGCCGCUGGCAGUCAGUGGCCCUGGCUUUCUAGUUAUUGGAAGGGGAUUUGUAACAGUAUCACAACAAAACAUUUUCAAACCAGCCACUCCUGCGAAAAAACCCACAAUAAACCGAGAGAACACCGGUCUAGGUUAAUUGCUGUACAACAUGUGUAUUUGCUGGUGGUGUGGCAAUUGUGAGACGAUGUGUUUGGUGUCAUAGGCCAACUUCUCUGUUGUCAUCAGUAGCAGAUGUACUGCCCUAAACGAGCUCCGCUCAAGUCAGACGGCUGCUGGAACAUUCACCUGUGGUACUGUGACAAAACCGAAAGCCAGUUUUCACUUUUUUCUACAUUGACACAGAUUCCAAUAAAUGUAUUUUUUCACCAUG